AUGUCUACUACAAAUGUUCAAUUAAAUUCUUUACGAUCAUCAGACAGGUUUGGCAAAGAAAAUGAUUCACCUGUUGGGAAAGCUUUUAAAUGUGACGAUUGUUCUUAUACCUGUACUGAGAACAGUGCUCAGAAAAGUGAUCUCAAGAGACAUAUGAGGACUCACACGGGAGAGAAACCCUACAAGUGUAAGGAAUGUUCAUUUUGCAGUGCUAAGAAAAGUGAUCUCAAGAGACAUACGAGGACUCACACGGGAGAGAAACCCUACAAGUGUAAGGAAUGUUCAUUUUGCAGUGCUAAGAAAUGUGAUCUCAAGAGACAUUGUAUGAGGACUCACACGGGAGAGAAACCCCACAAGUGUAAGGAAUGUUCAUUUUGUAGUGCUAAGAAAAGUGAUCUCAUAAAACAUAUGAGGACUCACACAGGAGAGAAACCCUACAAGUGUAAGGAAUGUUCAUAUUGUAGUGCUCAGAAAAGUGAUCUCAAGAGACAUAUGAGGACUCACACGGGAGAGAAACCCUACAAGUGUAAGGAAUGUUCAUAUUGUAGUGCUCAGAAAAGUGAUCUCAAGAAACAUACGAGGACUCACACGGGAGAGAAACCCUACAAGUGUAAGGAAUGUUCAUAUUGUAGUGCUCAGAAAAGUGAUCUCAAGAGACAUAUGAGGACUCACACGGGAGAGAAACCCUACAAGUGUAAGGAAUGUUCAUAUUGUAGUGCUCAGAAAAGUGAUCUCAAGAAACAUACGAGGACUCACACGGGAGAGAAACCCUACAAGUGUAAGGAAUGUUCAUAUUGUAGUGCUCAGAAAAGUGAUCUCAAGAAACAUACGAGGACUCACACGGGAGAGAAACCCUACAAGUGUAAUGGAUGUUCAUAUUGUAGUGCUCAGAAAAGUGAUCUCAAGAAACAUAUGAGGACUCACACGGAAAACAGGUUUGGCAAAGAAAAUGCUUCACCUGUUGGGAAAGCUUUUAAAUGUGACGAUUGUUCUUAUACCUGUACUGAGAACAGUGCUCAGAAAAGUGAUCUCAAGAGACAUAUGAGGACUCACACGGGAGAGAAACCCUACAAGUGUAAGGAAUGUUCAUUUUGCAGUGCUAAGAAAAGUGAUCUCAAGAGACAUACGAGGAUUCACACGGGAGAGAAACCCUACAAGUGUAAGGAAUGUUCAUUUUGCAGUGCUAAGAAAUGUGAUCUCAAGAGACAUUGUAUGAGGACUCACACGGGAGAGAAACCCCACAAGUGUAAGGAAUGUUCAUUUUGUAGUGCUAAGAAAAGUGAUCUCAUAAAACAUAUGAGGACUCACACAGGAGAGAAACCCUACAAGUGUAAGGAAUGUUCAUAUUGUAGUGCUCAGAAAAGUGAUCUCAAGAGACAUAUGAGGACUCACACGGGAGAGAAACCCUACAAGUGUAAGGAAUGUUCAUAUUGUAGUGCUCAGAAAAGUGAUCUCAAGAAACAUACGAGGACUCACACGGGAGAGAAACCCUACAAGUGUAAGGAAUGUUCAUAUUGUAGUGCUCAGAAAAGUGAUCUCAAGAGACAUAUGAGGACUCACACGGGAGAGAAACCCUACAAGUGUAAGGAAUGUUCAUAUUGUAGUGCUCAGAAAAGUGAUCUCAAGAAACAUACGAGGACUCACACGGGAGAGAAACCCUACAAGUGUAAGGAAUGUUCAUAUUGUAGUGCUCAGAAAAGUGAUCUCAAGAAACAUACGAGGACUCACACGGGAGAGAAACCCUACAAGUGUAAUGGAUGUUCAUAUUGUAGUGCUCAGAAAAGUGAUCUCAAGAAACAUAUGAGGACUCACACGGCAGAGAAACUCUAAAAUUUCCAGGAAUGUUCUCACAUAACAACUUUUAUACUUGUUCUGAUCAGUCACAUUUUAUUAGAUAGGUACCAGCGUAUUCACGGGUAA